AUGGCCUCCAGCAUAGCCUCGACAUCGCACUCCCACCAGCACCACCAGCAGCAUGUCUCGCGACCGACCGCCUCGAACGCGACCCGAACAGCCUCGUCCUCUUCGUCGCUCGGCCCCGGCCCUGCUCCCGACCUGACCGAACGCUUCAAGCUCAAGGCCAAGUACCUCGACCUGCAACGAGACUAUUUUAGGGCACUAGAGGUGCGCUCGCUAAUCCUAGCGUGUUGAGUCCCCUACUCCGUGCCUCGUACUGAUCCUUGCUCGCGUCGACACUUCCGCGACAGAUCCGCAAGGACCUGACCAUCGAGGUCAAGGAGAAGCAGGACAAGCUGCAGUCGUUGCAGGACGAGGUAGAGCAAGUCAUUGCGUUCAUCUUGUGACCGUGUACUGCCCCGCCCCCCCUCGCUUACACGCCCUUGCUCCUGACCAGCCUCUUGAUUGACCAAAUCUUCGACUCGGACUAUGCUCGACUCGAACCCAGCGAGGACGACUUGUUCUCUCCUACCGAGGACGAGGACGAAGAUCCAGGUCAGAUAGGAAAGGUCAACAACCUACGAACAGCGUCGAGUCUGGACCCGAGUACGAGCAGUGCACCGCCGACGGGGAGCCACCACGGGGUCAUACGAAAGGUGAGCCUCAUGCUCGCUCCCGAGGCGCGGGCGACGAAGGUCACCCAUGACUGAUGUGAUGAAUUGGUCCACGUAUCACAGAACCCACCUCGUGCCGAUUCGGGUGAUGUCGACGAGGCUGGUCCGUCGGCAAAACGUGCUCGGGUCGAGGAGCCGGGGCCCCAUGAAGAAGCAGCCUUUCCGAACGGUCGGCGCCUCGAGGAAUGA